AUGGCCGACGAUCCAAAAAUUUGUUUACAAAAUGCUGAAAAUAAUUUUGAUUCGUCAAACAUGGCUAAAAUUAAUGUUAUUGUACAGAAUACAGAUCCAAAAUUUGAUCAGGACUUAUCAAAAGACAUUAGCUGUGUCGCCGCUAAUUGCGACAAUAAUGUAAUUAUUCAUUCAGAUAUAUCACCAACUGUACAACAGGCAUCAGACUCGGAAACCUGCAUCUGCAGUGGUUCCGAAAAAGUGAAACAUGUGUUUUGUCACGUAGGAUUGAAACAGGGUCAUUCGGCUGAAGUUAUUAAAUACGAAGCUAACCAGGAAAAAGUUGAAUUAUUGGAUGAACCUAGCCCAAAACGUUUGAAAUUACAAAUACCUCAAAAUCUCUCUCAUAACUAUAGCAACUACAACGCUUUUUACAGCUCUUCGCCACCUGCUGGCGAGCAGUCCGAACACACAAGUCCCGAAGGUAGUAAACGAAGGCGAAUACAACAUGAUUAUCGCAGAUUAUCUUGUUCUGGAUAUGUGGAUGAUUAUGAAAAAGGAAAGGAUACUAGAUUUACCUCCCCAACUGAUGCAGACAUACUGCCAAUAUCACCAGGCAGA